UUAUUAACCAUGGAAGCAAAAUAUGUUGUAGUUUUCUCAGCUUUAAUCUUUUCUCUUUUUAACCUAGGCGAAACAGCUACUACAGGUAGUUGGAAACUACUGAAGAAAAGUAUUGGUAUUUCCGCAAUGCAUACUCAACUAUUGCCAAAUGAUCGAGUUAUUAUGUUCGACAGAACUGAUUUUGGUCAAUCAAAAAUUUUAUUGCCAGAAGAAAUUUGUACCGAUGUUUCUGCUGAUGAUCAAAUCGAUUGUUCAGCUCACUCGGUCGAACUAAACCUUUUGGAUAGAAAAGUACGCCCACUUACAGUGUUUACCGAUACUUGGUGCUCUUCUGGUUCAUUAGCACCUGAUGGCAUGCUACUACAAAGCGGUGGAUCCGGCACUGGUCAACGUGCCGUUCGAACUUUUCGGCCGUGCGCUAACUGUGAUUGGACGGAGGAUCAAAAAGGGCUAGUUGUUCCCCGAUGGUACGCGUCUAACCAAAUUUUGCCGAAUGGGAAAGUUAUUGCCGUUGGUGGUAGAGGUCAGUUUAAUUACGAGUUCAUCCCCAAAAGCACAUUGCCAUCCGAUUUCAAAGUCUUUGCACUUCCAUUUCUAAGAGAAACCAGAGAUGCCGUAGAGAACAAUUUAUACCCAUUUACUCAUCUCUCAACUGAUGGGAACCUUUUCAUCUUUGCUAACACUAAAUCAAUUUUGUUUGAUUAUGUAAACAAUCGAGUUGUUCGAAAUGAUUAUCCAGUCAUGCCAGGUGGAGUUUCACGCAAUUAUCCAAGCACUGGUUCAUCUGUACUGCUCCCUCUAAAACUUGGUUCCAUCAACAGCAGUAUUGGUGCGGUACCAGAUGCUGAAAUAUUCAUCUGUGGAGGGGCACCACCAAAUUCAUACAUCAGUGCCAUCAAAGGAACAUUUCUACCUGCUGCCAAAUCAUGCGGACGUUUAAUGAUCACAGCGAAGCAACCAAAAUGGGUUAUGGAAGAAAUGCCAAUCGAAAGAGUCAUGGGUGACAUGCUCUUGUUACCAACAGGUGAUGUCUUACUUAUAAAUGGUGCGAAAAAAGGUACAGCUGGCUGGUAUUUAGGUAGGGAACCGGUUCUAAACCCCGUACUUUACCAACCGGAAUCGGGCAAAUUUGAGUUGAUGCAACCAUCCAAGACUCCUCGAAUGUAUCAUUCAACUGCUAUUUUGAUUGCUGAUGGGAGAGUAUUAGUGGGUGGGAGUAAUCCUAACUCGAAUUACAACUUCACAGAGAUGUUUCCUACUGAAUUGAGUGUUGAGGUUUUCUCGCCACCAUAUUUAAGUAGCGGUCCUCGACCUCGGAUUAAUUUGAGGAAACUUAAAACUGAAAUAUCUUACAAGGAGCCAAUUUCCAUUGGUUUUGUUUCGAAAAAGAACGGAGGGAUGGAGAAAGUCUUUGUCACCAUGGUUGCACCAUCAUUCAACACACAUUCUUUCUCCAUGAACCAAAGGAUGCUGGUUUUGAAAACCAAUCAAGUACGUCAAGUCACCGGCAAUUAUCAUGUCAUUGACUGUUUUGCUCCGGAUACUCCUAAUAUUGCACCCCCCGGCUAUUAUCUACUUUUUGUGGUACGAAAUGGGAUUCCUAGUAGGGGAAGCUGGAUGCAUAUCAGUUAAUACUGUUAACUGUGAAAUGUAGCUUGCUAUUUACUUCUCCUAUGAUUUGGAAAGUUCAUUGUCAAUACAUUUAUUCAUUUUAUUUCGUACAAAAUGUUGUAAUUUUUUAUUGUUUACAAGCUGUAAUCGUUACAAAAUGAUGAUUGCAAGGUAAUUUCAAAGAAAU